AUGAAAUCAUCAGCCAAGGAAUGGGUUGAGUGUUGCCCAAUAUGUCAAUCCAACCAACAAACCCGCGCACCAGUAAUUGCCCUGAAACCCCUAGAAGUCCCGCCUUACCCAUUCCACAGCAUAUCAUACAACUUCAUCACCGGGUUUCCCAAGUCCCAGGGUUACGACGCUAUCCUUGUGGUCAUUGACUCCUUCUCCAAGUUUGGCCACUUCAUCCCCACUUUGAAGAAGGUCUCAGCAAAAGGACUAGCGGACCUGUUCAUUACGCAUGUCUGGAAACUUCACGGACUCCCAAUUAAAACCGUCUCUGACCAUGGCACUACAUUCACUGGGAAAUUCCUAAGGGCGCUUUAUCAAAGACUAGGAAUCAAACCAUCCUUCUCCUCCGCCUACCAUCCGGAAUCAGACGGUCAGACGGAAAGGGUGAACCAGUUCAUUGAAUUCUACCUUAGGUCAUACGUUACAGCCAAUCAUUCUGACUGGUCCAGUUGGCUCCCCUUGGCAGAAUACGCAUAUAAUAACGCCAAACAUGCUGCCACAGGGAAAACACCGUUUGAAUUGGUCUAUGGGAGGAAUCCAGUAAUGAAUCCGUCAAACGUCCCCUCAAAUGUUCCAGAAGCAGACCAAGUAGCAGACACCCUAGCCAAGGAAUGGAAGGAAGCGGAAUCAGCCCUGAGAAUGAUCUGGUUAGAUGGAAAAAACGUGGAGCUCAGAACAAACUCCAACAAACUGGACCCCAAGAGACUAGGACCAUUUGAGGUCACAGAAAAAAUCUCCAGUCAUGCGUACCACCUGAAACUUCUGGAAACCCUGAAAAUCCACAAUGUGUUCUAUGUGGGAUUAUUGUCCAAGGCGCAUGAAUCUCCAAGUCAACCCUUCCCAGAACGUCCCCCUCCGGAAACAAUUGAAGGGGAAGAAGAAUAUGAGUUGGCGUACAACACCAACUAUGACACGCACAAUAAAGAACUGUUGGCCAUCAUCAAGGCAUUGGAAGAAUGGCAGAUCUUCUUAGAAGCAACGGACAAACCCAUUCAAGUGUUCACGGACCAUUGGAAUCUAGAGUAUUGGAUGCAGGCUAGAACCUUUAACCGCAGACAUGCUAGAUGGCGUGUUUUCCUAAGCAACUUCAACUUUGAAAUCCACUAUUGCCCAGGGAAACAGUUGGGAAAACUGGAUGCUCUCUCCAGAAGAUCUGACUACACUGAUGUGCCACCAGAAUCAGAAGUCAUGCUGCCCACGGAAGUCUUUGCCAACACAUCCAAGGAAGAGCUGGAAAUUGUCACGGAUAUACGUGCCAAAUUGAAAGAAGAUCCCUCCUUGGAACCAAUCAUCCAGUUCUUGACAGAAGAUGCCAACAAUGCACCACCAUCUAUCCAAAAAGCCUAUCAAGACUAUGACUGGGAAGAAGAAUUACUGUGGUACCGGGGAAAACUUGUAGUUCCAGACUCAGAGCCCUUGAAGGAACGGCUCCUCAGGGAAUUCCAUGACUCACCACUGGCAGGACACCCAGGACAACAACGCACCUUGGAAUUGCUUAGCAGGAACUACUGGUGGCCAGGGAUGAAGUCCUCUGCAAAAGAAUGGGUAGAAUGUUGCCCUACCUGCCAAGCAAACCGUUGCGCCCACGCCCCAGUCAUAUCUUUGAAACCUCUAGAUGUUCCUCCUUUCCCAUUCCACACCAUUUCCUACAACUUUAUUACAGGAUUCCCAAGUCAGAAGGACAUGAUGCAAUCCUGGGUAACAGCCAAGGGGCUAGCAAACCUCUUUGUCACUCACAUUUGGAAACUUCAUGGACUCCCAGUCAGAACCAUCUCAGACCAAGGGACAACAUUUACCAGGAAAUUCCUCAGGGCCCUUUACCAACGGCUGGGAAUCAAUCCAUCCUUUUCCUUGGCUUAUCACCCGGAAUCAGACAGACAGACCAAACGCGUCAACCAGUUUAUUGAGUUCUACCUGAGAUCAUAUAUAGCAGCAGACCACUUGGACUGGGCCAGAUGGUUGCCACUUGCGGAAUACACUUAUAACAAUGCAAAGCACUCUGCCACCGGAAAAACCCCGUUCAAACUAGUCUAUGGGAGGAACCCUGUAAUGAACCCAUCAAUGGUACCAGCCAAUGUCCCAGAAGCAGAUACAGUGGCAGACACACUGGCCCAAGAAUGGAAAGAAGCCAAGUCAGCCCUCAGAAUGAGCAAGGAACGGAUGUCCAGGAACCUAGGGACAGUACCGGAGUAUUCAGUAGGCAAGGAGGUUUGGCUAGAUGGGAAGAAUGUGGAGCUCAGAACCAACUCAAACAAACUGGACCCCAAACAACUUGGCCCUUUCAAAGUCAUAGAGAAGAUCUCCAGCCACGCCUACCAUCUGGAAUUACCCAAAACCCUGAAAAUCCAUGACAUAUUCUAUGUUGGAUUGUUGUCCAAAAGCCACAAGUCACCAAGCCAGCCCUUUCCAGAAAGACCCCCACCUGAGACAAUAGAGGGGGAGGAAGAAUACAAAGUUGAACAGAUCAUUGACUCCAAGCAACUACGGGGAAAAUGGUUCUACUUAAUAAAAUGGAAGGGUUACGGUCUGGAAGACAAUUCCUGGGAACCAGAAGAACUGUUGGAUCACAGCCAAGAAGAGAUCAAGCAAUUCAACCAAGCUAGACUCAGAAAGGCUUGUGACACUGCCAAGAGCCUUUAA